AUGCUAACGAUUUCUGUUUUGCUUGUUAGCGCAUUGUCUUCGAUAAUUGUUUUAAGCUCGCCUUGUCCUUAUCCAGCUCAUAUUUUCACUAGUCGGGAAUGGCAGACAAUUAUAGAUAAGAACCCUUAUUCUGUAAAGAAUUUAGUUCUGCCAUCGGAAAUUUUAUCUUCGUUACGGAAUGCAUCGGCUGAUUCCUUGGAAGGCAAGACACACUUUUUCUCCAUAAGUGAUUCAGAAAUCGGCCGAGCGGUUUCUCGAACUUUUAAUGACAUGUGUAGUAGUGUUCCUGAUGUUUCCCCAGCCAAAACAUCUGAGGAUGAACAUUGUUUUAAAUUUGGUGCUGCAACAAGGCCUGAUUUUUCGUGCUUGGUUAACGGUAUUCCUAUUCUGAAUUCAGAAAUUAAGCCGCUUGGAUGUACACCUCUUCAACAACAAAAAGACAAGUUGAAGGUACAAUUGCGAGGGCGCAAAUCCAUCAAUCAACUGUUAAGAACGAAAGGUGGUCCAGACGAGACGGUCAUGUUAACAAACCAAGGAGAUUUGGUGGAAUCGUACGUUAUGGAUCUCAAGUAUAACGAUCUUUACCAUUUGUGGCUUUUUAUGACCACCUGA